AUGGUCGACGUGCUAGAGCUGCAAUACGGCUGUCCUGCCUAUAUCGAAGGCGUUGGCACCUCAUAUGGAUAUAUCCCAUCGCUAGGAGCAGGCAUUGCCUUCUGCACCCUAUUUGGCCUCUCGUUGAUUAUCCAUACAAUCCAGUUCAUAUGGAAGCGACAAUGGUGGGCAAGUGUGUUUAGUGUGGGAUGUUUGGUCGAAGUAAUCGGCUGGGCCGGUCGUACCUGGUCAGCCAAAUGUCCAUACAACGGAACUGCCUUCCUAAUGCAGAUCUCCACCCUCAUCAUCGCCCCAACUUUCUUCACAGCAGGAAUCUACGUCGUCCUAGGCCGCUUCAUUCAAAUCCUCGGCCGCGAAUCCUCCUUCCUGAAGCCAAGCCUGUACCUAUGGAUCUUCUGCACCUGCGACGUAAUCUCCCUCGUCGUCCAAGCCAUCGGCGGCGGCAUGGCCUCCGGAGAAGCCAAUACGGUCGGCGGCGACACCGCAACUGGCACGCACAUCAUGGUCGCUGGAAUUGUCUUCCAGCUCUUCUCGGUAACCAUAUUCGUCAUUUGCGCGGUCGACUUCAUCCGCCGCGUUAUGCGCAAGAAUCUGCUGCAGCCGGGGUCCGGCUCGAUCCUUCCCCUGUUCGGGGCGAUGGUACUUUCCAUCAUCUGUAUCUAUGUUCGGAGUAUCUAUCGUACGAUCGAGUUGUCGGAGGGAUGGGAUGGUUAUCUCAUUUCUCACGAGUCGUACUUUAUUGGGCUCGAUGGGGCUAUGAUGAUUGUUUCGGUGGCUGUGUUUAAUGUGCUGCAUCCUGGAUGGAUGUUGAAUAACGAGAAGGCUGAUUCGUAUAAAACCGAGCGCACUUCGGUUGAUCAACCGGACAGGUACGGGGGGCCGCCGACUCACUGGUGA